UUAGUAGGAGAGUACUGACUCACACUUUUCAAGAGGAUUCACCAUUCACCUUACUCAGCUCACUGCUCAGCACCAGAGGCAUAGGCCAUGGCGUAAAGAGGCACUAGGCCUUAUAGUUUGCUGCUAGGCCUGCGUGGAGGUGCAGCCACAGGCAUCUCGUCCAGCUAGGAACUUGAAGGACCGAUGCUUUCUUUCUCGUCCAGCUAGGAAACCAGUCAGCACAAGCAAGCAAAGCUAGUGAGAAGAAAGAAACAGGAGCACCACUAUUUAGAGAGAGAAAGAGGUCUCCAGAGUGUGCGCAGAGAGAUAAAGAGGUAGACGUGGUCUGUCGCAGCUGGCAUUUCGGAUCUCCCGUUCGUCCGAAUCAGUUAGGGAGCCACAAGAAGGAAAUCUUUUCCUUCUUGCCGUUGCUGCCUGCUAUUUCUUUGGGCCGGUUGAUGCGUGAGACGCAAUCUGCCAAUGGCGGCGUCAUCGCCUUCCUCAGCUCAGCCGAAGAGGAGCAAGUGGCUGCGCCGCAACAAGAAGGUGAUUGAUAGGUACAUCGGCCAGGCGCGGGCAACUCUCGCUGCGGCGGUGCAGGACACCGAGGACGGGGAUGACGCGGCGGCGGCGGCGCUCGGCCUGGUGAGCGCGGCGCUGGAGAUGUCGCCGCGGGCGGAGGCGGCGCUGGAGCUCCAAGCGCGCGCGCUUCUCGCGCUUAGGCGCUACCGCGACGUCGCGGACAUGCUCCGCGACUACAUCCCCAGUUGCGGCAAGUCCUGCUCCGGCGACGAUUCCACCUCCUCCUCGUCCUGCUCAUCCGGCUCCGGCGACCUCGCCGCCUCUUCCAGGGCGGAGCUCUUGUCCCCUUGGCGCGACCGCUCCGACGACGGUGCCGGUGCCACCCGCUUCCUGUGCUGCUUCGACGUAUCCGAGCUGAAGCGCCGCCUCGUCGCCGGCUUCUCUAAGAACUCCGACGCCCAAGCCCAGUGGAGGUACUUGGUCUUGGGCCAAGCUUGCUUCCACCUCGGCUUAAUGGAGGACGCGGUGGUGCUACUCCAAACCGGCCGCCGCCUGGCCUCGGCGGCGUUCCGCCGCGAGAGCGUGUGCUGGUCGGAGGACAGCUUCUCACCGUCGAACCUGACAGCCAACGUCGUCUCCGUGCCCACCAGCAGAAGAGCGUCCAAGUCAGGCUCGGCGCCGGCGAGUGAGGCGGAGUCCGUGUCGCAGCUGUUUGCUCACGUGAAGCUCCUUCUCCGCCGUCGCGCCGCCGCGGUGGCGGCGCUCGACGCCGACCUCCCUGCCGAGGCCGUGCGUCAUUUCAACAAGGUGCUCGACGCGCGCCGUGGCGUCCUGCCGCACCCCUUCGCCACUGCCUGCCUCGUUGGCCGCGCUGCCGCGUUCCGCUCAGACGGGCGCCCAGCCGACGCCAUCGCGGACUGCAACCGCGCGCUCGCGCUUGACCCGGCGUUCAUCCCGGCACUGCGCGCGCGCGCCGACCUGCUGGAGUCGGUUGGGGCGCUCCCCGAUUGCCUCCGGGACCUUGACCACCUCAAGCUUCUCUACGACGCCGCGCUCCGAGACGGCAAGCUGCCCGGGCCGAGUUGGCGGCCACAGGGCGGCAUCCGCUUUGGUGAGAUAGCCAACGCGCACCGCACGCUGACGGCCCGCAUCCAGCAGCUCCGCGGCCGCGUUGCCGCCGGCAAGGGGUGCAGUGUGGAUUACUACGCCCUUCUCGGGGUGCGACGUGGCUGCACGCGCUCGGAGCUGGAGCGCGCCCACCUCCUGCUCACCCUGAAGCUCAAGCCCGACCGUUCGGCGUCGUUCGCGGAGCGGCUGGAGCUCGUGGACGAGCACCGCGAUCUUGAGGCCGUGCGCGACCAGGAGCGCAUGUCGGCGCUGUUCCUGUACCGGAUGCUGCAGAAAGGUUAUUUGUUCAUCAUGUCAGCCGUGCUGGACUUGGAGGCUGAGGAGAGGCAGAGGGCCAAGGACGCCGCCGCGGCAGCGUCAGCAUCCAAGCAAGAAGAAGAAGACGACGAAGUAACCGUGAUGAAGAAGCUCAUGUUGGAGAAUGUUCCCAGAGCGAACGACAACAAUGUUCAGGUUGCCAAGCCGGAACAGUCGACGGCACCGGCAAUUCCAAUGCCCAGGACCGUGGUGACCGCGGCAACAAUCAACCCAGCGUUCCAAGGCGUGUUCUGCCGCGACAUGGUGGUGGUCGGGACCCUUGUGUCCCAAGUCGGGUUCAGCCGGCCGAUUCCGGUGAAGUGCGAGGCAAUGAGCUGCUGAUCGUCAAUCCAGGGAACCCGGACAUCUGUGGAUGAAACAGCAGCAGACCCAGGAGUUGGCGGGAAAAAUGCAGAGAUAAUUUCAAGCGUUCUGAUCCAUAGGCUUUGCUGUAGUACCUUCGGUAGGCGCUUUCCAGGGUGAAAUAAUGAUCGAAAAUAGGAUGCAAGCAGCGCCAGGGAAAUUUUGAUUUCUUCUUGUUUAUCAUGUCAGGUGUCACACCUAAUUUUACAAAGACAAAUCUAAU